AUGCCCAUAUUUUCAAGACCCAUCGUCACUCGAUCACGCAUCAAAAACAGACUCCUCCUCUCCGCCUUUCUUUCCCUCACCCUCCUCUUCUACCUCAACAACCGCGGCCCCGCCCUUCCCACCACCACCUCCACCGCUGCCGUCACCACCUCCUCCGCCUCCAAUUUCCCUCCUCCUCCUCCACUUUCCGUUCACCACCUUCUCUUCUCCAUUGCCUCCUCCUCCUCCUCACUCCCCCGCCGAACUCCUUAUAUCCGCCUCUGGUACGAUCCUAUUUCUGCCCAUAACAACACCUUCCUCUUCCUAGACAGACCCACUACUGAACCCACAAACCCUUCCUCAGUUCCCCCCGUCGUACUCUCCUCCAAGUCCUCCCCCAAUCUCCCGUCCGGUUACCGGAUUGCCCUCAUCGUUAAAGAUGCUGUUACCCUCGACAUUCCAAAUAUUCACUGGUAUGUUUUCGGGGACGAUGAUACUAUAUUUUUCACUGAGAAUUUAGUAAGAAUUUUGUCCAAGUACGAUCACAAUCGGUGGUACUAUAUUGGGUAUGGUUCCGAGAGUUUCGAGCAGAAUGAUAAAUUCUUCUUUGGUAUGGCUUUUGGGGGCGGUGGGUUCGCAAUUAGUGCCCCGCUGGCGAGGGUUUUGGCUCGGGUUCUCGACUCUUGUCUUGAUAGGUACCCCCAUUUGUAUGGCAGUGACGCCCGGAUUUUUGCUUGCUUGUCGGAGCUUGGGGUUGGGUUGACCCCUGAACCCGGGUUUCAUCAGGUUGAUGUUCGGGGAAAUCUGUUUGGAUUUCUAGCAGCCCAUCCAUUAUCACCUCUUCUGUCACUUCAUCAUAUGGAAGCAGUAGAACCAAUCUUUCCUGGUAUGAGCAGGAUUCAAUCUUUGGAACACCUUUUCGAAGCCAUUCAAGUUGAUCCAGCUAAGGUUCUACAACAAACUGUUUGCUAUGACCACACUAACUCAUUAACCAUUUCAAUUGCAUGGGGAUAUGCUGUUCAAGUAUACGAGGGAAACAAACUUCUUCUAGAUAUCCUCUCACUGCAGAAAAGUUUUAGACCAUGGAAGAGGGGCAAAAAUGUGGAUUCAAGCCGCUAUAUGUUCAACACGAGAGAAUUCCAUAGGGAUCCUUGCAAAAGACCUGCUGUUUUCUUUAUGGACGCUGUUGUUUCUGACACAAAUCAGGUCUGGACCAGCUACACUAAGCGUGAUGAUGACAGUUGUGUUAGACUGAAAGCCACCGAAAAACUAAAAGUUAUAAGAGUUUUAUCACCAAAGCUAGAUUUUGAUAUUGAGCAGCUGAAGACACCCCGUCGUCAUUGCUGUGAUAUUUCUCCAUCUUUUAAUGAAAAAAUGGUGGUCCAAAUUAGGCAAUGUGGGAUGGAUGAACUGGUUACAAUGCGGACAUAG